ACCAGAAGCGUGCAGCGAAUGCUCUCCGUAGUUUGUCUUUCGUAUUACUCAUUCUCUUUCUACCCACAACGUAGUGCGUGGAGGGUCUCUUUAUCUUGUAACUUUGUGUGCCUUUACAAAAUUGUUAAUAUACCUUCAAGAUGGAAGGUCCCCUCAGUGUUGCUGGUGAACGAAGUUCUGGGGAUAAUGUCCGGACACAGAAUGUUAUGGCUGCAGCAUCAAUUGCCAAUAUUGUGAAAAGUUCCCUUGGUCCUGUUGGCUUGGACAAGAUGCUGGUGGAUGACAUUGGUGUAAGUAUUUUUUAUUGUAUGAGGCGAUUUAAUGUCCUUCAAAUUGCAACUAAAGCAGCACCUGAUGAGUGCUUGGCUUUGCACCUUCUCAUCUCUGGAGUAAACUACAACAAACUUGUUCUCCAUGUCAUCAUUGCAGCAGAGUUGCUUAAGAGUGCUGAUGAACUAGUCAAGCAGAGAAUUCAUCCUACUUCUAUUAUCAGUGGAUAUCGUCUUGCUUGCAAAGAAGCCGUGCGCUUUGUCAAUGAAAACAUAACUAUCAACACAGAUGAACUUGGAAGGGAAUGUCUUCUCAAUGCAGCUAAAACAUCAAUGUCAUCUAAGCUUAUUGGAGUCGAGUCUGAUUUUUUUGCUAACAUGGUAGUAGAUGCUGCCAUAGCAGUGAAAUUCACAGAUGCUAAGGGUCAGGCACGAUAUCCAAUCAACUCCAUCAAUGUUCUGAAAGCUCAUGGACGUAGUCAGAAAGAGAGUAUUCUUGUAAAUGGCUAUGCACUGAAUUGCACUGUUGGAUCACAAGGAAUGAACAAGAGAAUUGUUGGUGCAAAAAUUGCUUGCUUGGAUUUUAGCUUGCAAAAAACAAAAAUGAAGCUUGGAGUUCAAAUAAUUCUUACAGACCCAGAGAAGCUAGAUCAGAUCAGACAAAGGCAAGAUGGCUCCACAAUCAACCGCUUUUCAUUUUUCCCAGUGUUGGAAACGGACAAAAAGCCAGUGAUAUUGUCAGCUAGAAAAGCAACUGGAGCUACAAUCUGUGCAACAUUAGCUAAUUUGGAAGGAGAAGAAAGCUUUGAAGCAUCAAUGCUGGGACAAGCAGAGGAAGUUGUUCAGGAAAGAAUAUGUGACGAUGAAUUAAUCUUGAUUAAAAACACUAAGGCUCGGACUUCUGCAUCCAUCAUUUUACGUGGAGCAAAUGAUUUCAUGUGUGACGAGAUGGAGCGGUCCUUGCAUGAUGCUUUGUGCGUGGUUAAGCGAGUGCUUGAAUCCAAGUCUGUGGUACCUGGAGGUGGAGCUGUAGAGGCUGCACUGUCUAUCUACCUUGAAAAUUAUGCAACCAGUAUGGGUUCACGUGAACAGCUUGCCAUUGCAGAAUUUGCAAAAUCUCUCUUAGUCAUUCCAAAGACCUUGGCUGUAAAUGCUGCCCAGGACUCCACAGAUUUGGUGGCUAAACUUCGGGCUUUCCACAAUGAGGCUCAGGUUAACCCCGAGAGAAGGAAUCUGAAAUGGAUUGGUCUUGAUUUGAUUAAUGGAAAGCCAAGAGAUAAUAAGCAAGCUGGUGUUUUUGAGCCAACUGUGGUGAAAACAAAGAGCCUUAAGUUUGCAACAGAAGCUGCAAUUACAAUUCUUCGAAUUGAUGACCUUAUUAAACUGCUCCCUGAGAAAGAUGAGAGAGGGAAAAGCUACCAGGAUGCAAUGGAGAGUGGAGCAAUUGAAGGUUAAUUCAACCACAAACUAAUUGUAAUGCUAUUUAAGGUUUUGUCAUUUUACUAAAUUAUAUUUUGCACUUCACCUUAUGGAAUAAACGCACUGGACAAUAAAAGCCACAAUUGCAGUUUA